CCCACCACCCCCAUCCAUCCGCCGACCAAACCAAAAAAAAAAAGAUGGCCGCCACCGCCCCCACCAUCAAGAUCGGCACGCGGCGGUCGGCGCUGGCGCUGCGGCAGACGGAGCUGGUGAUCGCGGCGCUGCAGAGCGCGCACCCGCACGUCACCUUCGAGGUGCACGCGAUGGCGACGAUGGGCGACCGCGACAAGACGACGCCCCUGCCCGAGAUGGGCAAGGGCCUGUGGACGUCGGAGCUCGAGGCCAAGCUGGUCGCCCGCGAGGUCGACGUCAUCGUCCACUCCCUCAAGGACAUGCCCACCUCGCUUCCCGAAGGGUGUGUCCUGCGCUGCGUCCUCGCCCGCGAGGACCCCCGCGACGUGGUUAUUUUUAGCAAGGCCCGCGCGGAGACGGGAAGGUAUAAGAAGCUGGUGGAUCUUCCUGAGGGCGCGGUUGUGGGUACGAGUAGUGUGCGCCGCGCCGCGCAGCUGAAGAGGCGCUAUCCGGGGCUGGUGUUCCGGGAUGUGCGGGGGAACAUCGAGACGCGGUUGAGGAAGUGCGAUGAGGACGGGUUCGAUGCCAUCAUCCUUGCGGCCGCGGGGUUGUUGAGGCUGGAUCUCGGGGCGAGGAUUGCGCAGUACCUGGACUCGACCACGGAAGGGGGUGGCCUGCUCCAUGCCGUUGGCCAGGGUGCGCUGGGGUUGGAGGUGCGGGAGGAUGACGAGCAGAUGAAGGAGCUGUUGAAGGCCGUGGAGCACACGUCCACCAUGAUCGCGUGCUUUGCGGAGCGGAGCGUCAUGAGGACGUUGGAGGGAGGGUGCAGCGUGCCGAUUGGGGUGGAGACGGCGUGGGUGGAAGAGGAGGAGGCUGGCGAGAAGAAGAAGAAGCUGCAGCUACGGGCGGUGGUGGUGAGCCUGGAUGGAAGCCGGGCUGUGGAUGGCGAGAAGGUACAAGAAGUUACCAGUCUGGAGCAAGCAGAGGCUAUGGGCAAGGAGCUGGCGCAAGAGCUGGCCGGGAUGGGAGCACAGCAGAUACUAGACGACAUCAACAAGGGGCGGGAUUCCGGGGAUGCGGUAAAGGUUGGUGGCGCAUAAAAGUAGAUGUGUACUAUAUUGGCGAAUAA